UGAAAAGCUGUAAACGUUGAAAUUGGAAGCUGCAGCAAAUCAUUCACGAGAUUCGUGAAAAACCAAGUGUUUUUCUCCAAUAACUAUUAACAUUGUUGCUUUCCCAACAUGUCCAAGGCCGAAGGCAAAGAAGUGACUAUAAGGCAGCUCUACACUGAGCUGAACAAGCAAGGUUCAAAUGGGGAAUAUGAGAAGGCAUUGAAAUCAGCCAACAAAAUCCUGUCGUUGGAUCCGAACGAGCAGAAGGCACUUCAGUGUAAGCUGGUUUGCCUUAUUCAGGUGUCCAAGUUCGAGGAAGUCCUCAAGUUUCUCGACCGUACCCAACCGACGUAUGAUUGUACUUUCGAAAGAGCUUAUUGCCAGUAUCGUUUAAAUCAACCGGACGCUGCAUACAAGACAAUCCAGGACAGUGGUAUCAAGCCGUUGCCACCCAAUCUAAAGGAACUUAUGGCACAGAUUUUAUAUCGUUUGGAACGUUUCGAAGAAUGUUUUGAGUUGUACAAAGAUAUCAUCAAAAACACGCACGACGAUUACGAUGAUGAACGUACAACUAAUUUGAGUGCCGUCGUAGCUAACCUUUGUGUAGAAGGUACCGAAAAGGAUUUGCCCAAUCUUCGUGAGGACACCUACGAGCUAACGUAUAAUGCUGGGUGUGCACUUGCUGGGAAACAGCAGUUUCCGGAUGCGGAAAAGAAACUGCGCGCUAGUGAGAAACUCUGCCGUGAAUUUCUGGAGGAAGAUGGAGCAACCGAGGAGGAUAUAAUGGACGAAGCCGCAAUUAUUAAGGUUCAACUGGCUUACUGUCUGCAAAUGCAGGGUAAAUCCAAGGAAGCUUCCGCUAUUUAUAUAGAUGCCCUGAAAAAUAAGGUAAACGAUCAUGCGCUUACUGCGGUUGCCAGUAACAAUUUGGUGGUUAUCAAUAAGGAUCAAAACGUAUUUGAUUCGAAAAAGAAAAUGAAAUUAGCGACAUCUGAUCAAGCUGAACAUAAACUAACUACCAAGCAAAAGAAAAUAAUUGCAUUUAACAAUUCUUUGUUGGCGUUUUUCACUAACCAAGCGGAUUGCCAUAUGUUGGCCAGUCGAUUAGGAAAUUCCUAUCCAGAUAUGGAAUUCCAGUCCUUGUUGAUUCGCGUUAGUCAAUUGGCCAGGGAUAAGAAAUAUAAAGAUGGCAUUGAAUUGUUGGAAAAUUAUUUGAAAAAGCAACCCAAACAGGAAUUGGAGCUAAAGUUUGCCAUUAUUCAACUACAUUUAUUGGCAGGUAAUAAGAAAGCAGCGAUAGAUCUCCUUGGAGGGCUUGGUGAGGCUAAGUAUUGCCCGGGUGUUGUUUCUGCUUUGGUUACCCUAUACCUUGGAUUAGACAACAAAACUGCAGCUUCUAGCAUUUUAAAGAACGCCGUUGAAUGGUAUAAAAAGAACAAGUCAUCUGCUGGCGGAGAUCUUACCGAUAUGUGGCGCCAAGCAGCUAGCUUUCAUUUACGCGGUGGGGAAUCUGAAACGGCUGCGAAAAGUUUGGAGGAACUUCUUAAAACAAAUCCGGCCGAUAUGAAAAUUCUUGCCCAGCUUGUAAUUGCCUACGCUCAAUUUGACCCGAAAAAAGCUCAGGAAGCCAGCAAAAAAUUACCGGCUUUGGACACUCUUACUACUGCAUCCGAAAUCGACGCACUGGAGGCAACCAAUUGGAUGAUGAUUGCCAAAGCUGUUAAGAAAAAAAUACCAACAUCCUCAGGCAAAACAGAUCAAUCACCAAGCACCCCCGGUAGCGAAGUGGCAAAGAAAAAGAAAACAAUUCGUAAGCGUAAAGGAAAGCUGCCGAAGAACUACGAUCCAAGUUCAGCUCCGGAUCCAGAGCGUUGGUUGCCACGUUACGAACGUACUGGCUACCGUAAGAAGCGCGAUCGCCGUGUCAAGGAAGUGAUGAAGGGAAGUCAAGGAACUGCCUAUGGACAGGCAGAUCAAUAUGAUAUGAGCAAGGCGUACAAUCAGACUAAACAGUCGCCAGCUACAACGACAUCGCAUGAGAAUGCACCUUCUGGUCCUGCUCCAAGACAGCUACCUCGGAAGAGCCAGCACAAAAAGAAGAAGGGUAAACACUAAGCUCGAGUUUGGAGACGUUCUAUAUACCCUGCAUGUGUUAUACAAAAUUGUCUAAAAUAUGUGGUUUUUUUCAUAAAUUUCAUUUAAA